AUGUCACUAAUCAAAGAUUCCACUAAAAUUGUAAUAACGGGUACAUCUUCAAACUUGGGGUUCAACAUAGCAGUACGUCUACUUGAGGAUUUACCGAAUGACAAGGAAAUCACAUUAAUUGUUACUUCGAGAACAUUACCAAAAGUUAAAGAAGUCAUAUCGGAUAUUAAAAAUUACAUCAUCAACAAGAUCCCCGACAAGAUCAAACUAGUUGAGUUUGACUAUUUAUUGGUGGACUUUACUGAUAUGGUAUCUAUUCUAUCUGCAUACUACGAAUUGGACAAGAGGUAUACACGUAUCGAUUAUUUGUUUAUCAAUGCCGCUCAAGGCGUUUAUGGUGGAAUUGAUUGGUUACAAGCAGUUGUUGAAGUAUUCCAAAACCCAAUUCAAGCCGUAACAAAUCCUACUUAUAAACUUCAACGUACUGGUGUUGAAUCUGCCGACAAUAUGGGACUUGUAUUCCAAGCAAAUGUAUUUGGUCCUUACUAUCUUAUACAUAGAAUCAAACAUUUACUUGCUAAUGGAGGCAGAAUCAUUUGGAUUGGAUCACUCAUGUCUCAUCCAAAGUACUUGUCAUUCAAUGACUUGCAAUUGUUGAGAUCACCCGAAUCCUACGAAGGGUCAAAGAGAUUGGUGGAUUUAUUGCAUUUUGGAACAUACAAACAACUUAAAAAAGAGGGGGUCAAUCAAUACUUGGUGCAUCCAGGUAUAUUCACUAGCUUUUCUUUUUUUCAAUUUUUGAACGUAUUUACUUACUAUGGUAUGUUGGCUUUGUUUUAUUUGGCAAGAUUCUUGGGAUCCAAAUAUCAUAAUAUAUCGGGUUAUAUUGCAGCCAAUGCUCCAGUGGCUGCGGCUAUAGGUAAGACCAAACAAACAUCAAAAGUUGGUUCUGCUUGUACCAGAAAUGGCAAAGAAUAUUUGAUUGAUGAAGAAGUGGAUACCACAGGACUGGAAGAUGUGGCCGAGUAUCUCAAAGAUUUGGCAAAUGAGUGGGACGCAAAAUUUAAGAAUCAAAUUGUCAACACACGUAUUCCUUAA